AUGCCGCUGACUAGCAUUCACGCCUGCAAGCGCUCUCUGCGAGUGGCCCGAGCCCAAUACAAUCGUGGAAUUGGUGAUCUACGGGAGGGGAUACGACGACGCAACAAGGCUAUCAAGAAGUCACGGAAUGGUCUACGCAAAUUGGAGGCUAAGGUACAAGAGUUGGGUGGCGAACUUUCAGAAGAGAUGUCAGACUACAGCUCGCCGUUGGGUGACACAGCUUCGGAGAGCGAAAGCGGCACCAACUCGCAUGCGGAGAAGGUGGAGCCGGCCUCUUCGAAGGAACAAGCUGUGCCUAAGAAGAAAGCAGUAGCCAAAUCGUCGCCAAAGGCGGAGGCGUUACCUGCUGAGAUCAAGAAGAAGGAUGCUGACGUGGGGGAGGAGCCGCCGGAGAGCGUCACCGAGAUGCGAAGCAUUUGGGGCCAGGCCGAAGUGCCCGGAAGUGAGGGCGGUCGUGGCGGAGGCUCCAU